GUUUUCAGCUUCUCUCUCCAGAGCAACACUGCUACUCUCUCUCUCUCUCUCUCUCUCUCUCUAGAACUCAAAUGGGUCCGUUACAGUCUCAAAACAAUAUUGUCGGCCACAGACGUUAUGUUGAUGAAAUCUAAUUACUGAUUUGCGUUUGGUAAUCAUAUAUUUUAUUACCUUUGUUCUAUUUCAAUUUUGGUUGUUGUUUGGGCAUCAGAGUCUGUUGUUUUCUCUUCGGAUGCUGAUUCACACUCCCAGACUCAUGAAGAUGCUAGUCCCAUUACUUGUGCUUCUCCAGUUGAGCAGCGCUAUUGAAAUCAAUGAUAAAGGGAGAGAGGGACUGUGUGAUUAUAAACCAACAUUACAGCCCAGACCGCAUAGCGUAUCCAUCCGAGAGUUUGGUGCUGUCGGGGAUGGGGAAACAUUGAACACCAUUGCCUUCCAGAAUGCAAUUUUCUAUCUCAAAUCCUUCGCUGAUAAGGGCGGUGCUCAGCUGUAUGUGCCGCCAGGAAGGUGGCUUACUGGAAGUUUCAAUCUUACCAGCCAUCUCACACUCUUCUUGGCAAGGGGUGCCGUCAUUCUUGGAUCGAAGGAUGCAUCUCAUUGGGAGGUCGAGGAACCCCUACCGUCAUAUGGUCGAGGGCUUGAGCUUCCUGGAGGGAGGUACAGAAGCCUGAUAAGUGGAUAUAUGUUGCAUGAUGUAGUAAUAACAGGUGAUAAUGGAACGAUUGAUGGGCAAGGCUCGGUUUGGUGGGAUUGGUUCACCUCCCAUUCAUUAAACUAUAGUCGGCCUCAUCUUGUUGAGCUUGUUGGUUCCAAGGAUAUUGUAGUGUCAAACCUAACUUUCCUCAAUGCUCCUGCAUUUAAUGUUCAUCCAGUUUAUUGCUCAAAUGUGCAAGUUCAGAACGUCUCAGUCCAUGCUCCACCAGAAUCACCUUACGUUGUUGGCAUAGUACCAGAUUCUUCUGAUCAAAUAUGCAUAGAGAAUUGCAGCAUUUGCACCGGUUAUGACGCCAUUGCACUCAAGAGUGGCUGGGAUGAAUAUGGGAUUGCCUAUGGCAGACCUACAACAAGUGUACACAUCAAACAAGUCUACCUUCAAGCAUCUUCCGGCUCUGCUCUAGCUUUUGGCAGUGAAAUGUCUGGUGGCAUUUCCAAUGUCCUUGUGCAGCACCUCCACGUAUACAAUUCAUUUUACGGCAUUGAGUUCCGAACGACUAGAGGUAGAGGUGGUUACAUCAAAGACAUUAUUAUAUCAGAUGUCAAGAUGCAAAAUGUCCACACGGCAUUUGGUGCUACGGGUCAAAGCGGGUCCCAUCCGGACGAUGAUUUCGAUCCCAACGCACUCCCGGUUUUGAAUCAGAUCACCUUGGAGAAUGUGAUUGGCACAAACAUCACUCUUGCCGGAAACUUCACCGGAAUUCAAGAAUCCCCUUUCACUUCUAUAUGUCUAUCCAAUAUUACCUUAUAUGUUGCUUCUUGCUCUUCUAGUUCUUGGGUAUGUUCAAAUGUUUUGGGAUCGUCUCAGUUUGUCUUCCCGGAACCAUGUCCCGACCUCAAUAGCUCGUUCUCGAAUUCUUCUUUGGCUUGCUUCUCUCUCCUGAAUUCUGAGGGUCGGGCUGCAGCUUUAUGAUACCAUUUCGUUUCCCCAAAUACCGAAAAUCAAAUCUUUUGGAUCCGCAAUAUGAGGGAGAAAAGUCUGAAGUCGUUUACCAUUACAAUCUCCAAUUAGGACAGAUUCUUUCCAAUAAGAGACACAAUGUCUAGAAUACAUGUUUAUUUCACCUACCCAUCUGCAUUCUUGCGUGUUAUUACCAUUUGCAUAUUGUGUACAGCUUCAUUUCUUCAUUCAUGUACAAGGAAUUUUUGGUAGUGUUUGUUUGUUUGUUUUUUUUUCUUUCUUUCUUCUGAAUUUGGUGCAUUAUAUUUCAUUGUAAACCUUAGAGGGAGUGACAUGUCGGUUAUUAAACUAUUUUUAGAGUCUAAUUAAAUUUGGUUUUCAUUC